AUGUCAAUAGAAGAUCCCUACUUUGUCGUACGCGAUGACGUCGCCAAAGCUGUUGAUUCCUGUGAGAAAAGAGUCGUGGAAUGGAGACGAAUCAUGGAGGGCACCUCAACAUCUGUGAAGGCCAGAAAUAUCACUUCCGAGUUGCGCAGCGCGGUGAGAAGCGCUGAAUGGGACCUCGAAGACCUGGAAGAAUCCGUCAAAGUGGUGGAAAACAAUCCAAGUCGUUUCGGUAUCGCCGACGAUGAAUUGCGGGAAAGGAAGAGCUUCAUUGUCAGGAUACGAAACUCUCUAGCAGAUAUGAAGUCGGAACUCGAAGCACCUGAUGUAAAUGAGCGUCUAUUAGCGAUGGAUUCGAGCCCACAUGUGACCAUCAACGUGAACAACUCCAGAUACGGAAAUUCGAAUCCAGCCUUUCGGGAUAACAACGGAGGAUAUUCCCAACAAUCGCAACUUCUUCAAGAGCAAGAUGGGCAAUUAGAACUUGUAUCAAACAAUGUUCGGGUACUCAAUCAAAUAAGCCGAGCAAUUGGAGAUGAGCUCGACGACCAGGGACAGCUACUCGACAACCUGGGCAACGAAAUCGACUCAGCUCAGUCGCGGAUGAACGCGACCCUCUCCAAAAUCCAACGCGUUACCAGACUUUCAACGGAUCGACGGCAGUGGGCCGCUAUUGCUGGCUUGGCUUUUCUCAUUGUAAUUCUGUUUAUCAUGCUGUUCUCUUGA